AUGUAUUCGGAUCCUUCGGGAAGAGAUCUGUUGGGAAAUAGAACCCUGUUUUUCAUAUUUAUUUGUUCCUUCGCUCUGGUUACCCUCCUGCAGCAGAUCCUCUACGGCAAGAAUUACAUUAAAAGGUACUUUGAGCUGCAGGAAGGCCAUUUUGAGUACAACUCCUCUACGUGCAGGAAGCUGCGGAACGACAUCAUGGAGGUGAAGGUACUCUCCAUGGUGAAGCAGUCCGAGCUAUUCGACCGAUGGAAAACUCUUCAGCUGUGCAAGUGGGAAAGAAACCAGACAGCAGCGAACAUCUUUAAAUCCCACCUGAGUCGAUGCUGCAAUGCGCCAGCGUUUCUAUUUACAACACAGAAGAACACACCCCAGGGGGUCAAGCUGAAGUAUGAGGUGGACAGCAGUGGCUUCCUCUUCAUUGACGCAGAGGUUUUUGAAUUAUUUCCAAAGGAAAUGCCGUACUCACGCUCCCAGUUUAAGAAAUGUGCAGUGGUUGGGAAUGGAGGAAUUCUGAAGAACAGCAGGUGUGGCAACGAGAUCGAUUCUACGGAUUUUGUGUUCAGGUGUAACUUGCCACCGAUCUCGGAGAAGUACAGCACGGACGUUGGACUGAAGACAGAUAUUGUGACAAUAAAUCCAAGCAUUGUGACUGAGAGAUUUCAAAAGCUGGAAAAGUGGAGGCGGCCAUUUUAUGAAGUCCUACAAGCCUAUGAAAAUGCAUCUGUAGUCAUGCCAGCUUUCUACAACACCCGUAACACGGACGUUUCAUUCAGAGUCAAGUAUGUUCUGGACGACUUUGAGUCCCAGCAGUCCAUGUUCUAUUUCCAUCCCCGCUAUCUUGAGAAUGUUUCCCGUUUCUGGAUGAGAUAUGGGCUGAGAGCCAAGCGCCUCAGCAGUGGUCUUAUGCUGGUCACUGCUGCGUUGGAGUUGUGUGAGGAGGUCCACCUGUAUGGCUUCUGGGCAUUUCCCAUGGACCCCUCUGGGUUUUACAUCACCCACCAUUACUACGACAAUGUCAAACCUCGGCCAGGCUUCCAUAAGAUGACUUCUGAAAUCUUCAACUUUCUGCACAUGCACAGUAAGGGGAUUCUACAGGUCCACACAGGGAUUUGUAGCUGA